AGCAUGUAAAUAUCUGAGCGUUUCCAGAAAAUCACCUUGUCAUGUCCAUGACAUCAAUGUCAAUUCACUCAAACUCAGAGCACAAGUCUGCCAUGAACAACUUAACUGCAGAGUUAGAGAGAGCUGAGGGUUAUAUUAAAAACUUACAAGCUGAUAAGAGGAGACUAGAACAGGAAGUAACAAAACAGAAACUUCUUUCUUCCAGAUCGGAACAGAAGUUAUCACUAGUUGAGAAUGACCUGAUUGCUAAAGAUGACAAACUCGCCAUGUACAAAGAACAACUACAUAUGUGUGAAACUAAUCUCUACGAAACACAACUACGAACUAAAGAUGAAAUCACGAAACUCAGGGAUAAGAGUGAUCUGUCGAAGACACUAGAGGGUGUGAUAAUAAAACUAAACGAAAAGUGUGAAGAGGUGGAGGGGAGAUAUAAUAAAUUGUCGGAGGAGAACAGUUACAUGAACACCAACAACAAGGUGCUGCAAGAGGAAAAUGACAAAUUGCACGCACGGGUGACUGAACAAAGCGACGCGAUGUACUCGCGCGAUCUUGCACGUGAGGAGAGCAGACGUAAGAUAGGGGAACUCAGCAAAGAGAUACAGCAAAUCAGGUUUGAGUUGGAUGACGCUCAGUCAGAGAAUGCCACACUGAAAGCUAAGCAGCGUGACUACGAGGAGGCACUCAUUAAAUCAGAUGGUUCACUGAACUACACUCGAGAAUGUGCAGAAGAAGAGUCUGAGAAAGCUAACAGGAAGAUCACAGAGCUUAACAACCUUGUUAGAGAUAUGGAAACUGAGCGGAGAGAGCUGGAGAUAAGUCUAACAGCAGCUGAAGAUUCCUACGAAUUAGCAGAUAAGGAGUUACUAAAAAGAGAGCGGAUGAGACGAAACUUACAGGGGAAACUGUCUCAUCUCAUCUCAAUGUUGCAUGCAACCUUGCCUGGUAUACAAGUGUCAGUGCCACGUGUUAAACUGACCCUGAAUGAUGAGGGGGAGAGUACUGACGUGGAGUACACGGAGAGCACGACGCGCAGCGCCUCCCCACACGCGCAGUUACCAGCUGAUGAGCAGGCGGUGGAUGUGGAGAGUGUGAGGCAGGCCAUACUCGCUCUUAAGAAACAGGCUACAAUUCACGAGAACGAAUGUAGGGAUCUGAAGGAUGACCUGAAGAAGGCUCAAGAUGAGCUCCAGGACGCUGAAUGUCUGGGGAACAAGGUCUCACGUGAUAACAAGUCCCUGACUGAACGAUUACAAUCUCUGGAGAAGGAAAAGUCAGGAUACCGGGACCAGCUGGACUGUGCUCGGGGCAGCAUGCAUACAUUAGAAGAAUCACGCAGAGAACUACAAGCACAGUUAGAUGACCUUGAACAACGUAAAAAUGAAGCUCUCCACCAAAACCAGCUGUUGGAGAGGGAAAUUAACGGACUCAAGGGAAAGUUAAUUGAAGACGAGGAUGAACUAAACGAAAUGAGAAAGAUGAAAGACUCCGCUAACGGAGAAAUAGAUAGUCUCCUUACCAAGUACGAUAUGCUAAAGAAACACAAGGAACAAGUGGAGUCAGAAAAACACAGUCUAGAAAGACAGCUGAAAGAUAUAGCAGAAGAAAAAGCAGUGUUACAGUCCAGACAAGAAAGUAUUCACCAAACUUUAGAGCAAAGCGAGAAAGAAAAGAAUGAUCUUCAGGCGAAUGUGUCCAAGCUUCAGAAGACAUGUCAAAGCACCCAGGACAAGAUAGAAUCGUUGGAGAACACACUCAGUAGUUUGGAGAAGAAAGUAAAGUCAUACAAAGAGGAGAACAGCGAGAUGAAAACUAAAAUAUCAUCUUCAAACACGGAGGCUAGCAACUUACGCCGGGACAAAGAUUUGCUGGAAGAAAAAAUCAACAACAUGAUAGGCGAUACACAGGCAGUGUCUCACAAAUUGAUAGAUCAACAAGAUAAGAUAACAAAGCUACAGACUGCGGCUACUGACAACGAAAUGUCUAGAAUCAAAGCUGAAGGUCAAAUAAGGUCAGCUAAUCUAGCUCUACAACAAAAGUCAAGCGAGCUCCGGACCCAGAGUAACAAAGUAGAACUGUUGACAACAGAGAGUAAACACCUUCAAGGAACAUUGUCCAACCUGACUGGCAAGGUGAAUCAACUGGAACGAGAAAAACGGGAGCUUAACGAACAUGUGCUCUCCUUACAAACGGAGAAGAAGUUGAAUCAACAGAGCCGAGCUAGUCUUGAGAAACAAAUAUCCUCCAUGCAGGAAGCAUUGAAGGAGAGAGAAGAGUCAGUGAGGAACUAUGAAGAAAAGAUGAACAGUACUGAGAUGCAGUCUGAGAAGAACAAACGAGAGUUAAAGAAACUGGAGUAUUUACUGGGAGAAACAGAGGUCGGCUCAAAAGACAGGCUACAUAGAGUUGAAGAAAAAUACAAGUCAGAAUUGGAACGAGGACAUAAACUCAUCCUAGAUAAAGAUAAGAUUAUAGCACUCGAACAAGAGCGAAGUGAGGGACUCAGGAAAAAAAUAAACGAGCUUCAAGAUCAGAUUGCUACAUUGAGUGUCACGAUACAUCGCCAAGAAGCCACUAAAAAGUCAUAUCAAGACAGAAUAGAGAAUAAAACCGCGGAGAACAAGGAUUUACGGAGCCUCUUAAAUGAAACUUACAAUCUACAGGAGGAUCCAACAAGAUUAUCUUAUAAUGAAACUCCAGAACGGCUUGCUACUAGAUCUCCUGAAUUAAAAGCUAGAUCACCGGACCGUAGUGCAUUAAGUCCGGAACGGACCAGCAGCUACCGGACAUCUCCUAUCAGACGAAGGAGAUCCAUUUCACCGGUCCGGAGAUCUAACUACGACUCCUCUACUCCUGUCAGGAGACGGACUUCCCCUGUUAGAUACCGAUCACCCACUAGACACACAUCUCCGUCACCGAGUAGAACCUGGAGAUUUAAGGACUCCCCGUAUAAACCGAGUACUCUGAGCGAGGAUGUAAAGAAAGAUCUGUCAAACAUAACGGAGCGAACUGAGGACAGGUCCUCGUCCAGCCACCACAGCGACCACGGCAAACCAGCCAAUCAGGAACGAGAACACGGGUCACGACACAUGCACUCCACCAGUCAGGAAGUAGGAAGUGGCCUGGAUGUGGACAAUAAAGAGCUGAAGUGUUUACGGUGCAGGUCGCCCAUAGGGCUGACUUUAGCGUAGGAUCCGACAGAUGUUACUAUCGGUGCGGAGGUGAUGCACCUUGAUUUUGACUUGCCAUAGUUCUAAGGUUGAUCUCCCAGUUUCAGUUGAGAGUUGUUGUUUUAACGUGGUGGUUAUUGAUCAGACGACUGGUGAGACCGGGGAAUAACCAAUUGUGAUUCCAACUUUCAACAAAACUGGAGAGAAAUGUAACAGACAACUAGUAAAUAUGACAACUAGUAAAUAUGACUUCAAUUUGAGUUUUUAAUUCCCCUCCCCCACUUCACUCUACUGCUGUUCAACUGCAAUUUUCUCGGGGGACAGAAUUCUUACGGGGAGAGAGAGAGGGCCAGCGUUGUCUAGUAACGACAGUUUGACUGGUCACAUGUCAAAACAAGACUGCUCUGGUUUCACAACCAUAGUAACAUCAUAACUACCUUUCUUAUUAUAACCUUAUUUACAGAGAUUUGAUAAUGCAGUACGUGACAUUUUGCAGUGUUUUGUUGGUUAAUUAGCUGAUUAGUUCUUUGGCCUGGGUUUGUGAAACAUGCAAGGAUUUAGGCUGAUAUUUAUAGGGAGAUAUUGCACACAUAAAUCGUUUUAUAAAUCAGGAUUUUACAUCGACCACGUUCUGCAAGGGCGUACCACCCGAAAUUUAUGACACUUUAUCAGUGUUGGUCAUUACAUCAUACAUAUGCAUUCAUAAAUGCAUUAAUUGUUAAUAUUUUCGAUCAUUCCUUUAAUCAAAUAAUUUAAUACCUUAUCUUUUAGUUUGACAAGUAUCUACAUUUUUAUCAAUAUCUAAUCAUUAUCAUGAUUAAAUGGUGAUAGAAUUUAUAUAGUGGAUCACGUGAGCUGUUCAAGUUCAUACUGCACAUUUUGGAAAUGUUUGGGUUAGUUAGUAAUACUUAUCGUUACCAUUUGUGAAUGUAUAACAGUGUAUUUUAUAUGCCAAAGUAACAUUUAUCUAGUAUAAAUUUAAACUAUUGUGAUAAUUUCUUUAUCAACUUAUAUGAUGGUACUCUUAUUAUAAUCAAUUGUAUAAUUUAUUU